AUGUCGGAGUAUCGUCUGUCAGUAUCAGUACUACAAGGGUUCUCCUGUAGCGCAGUCCAGACUCUUCCACUGCAGAAAACCCAAGACCUAGUGAGAGCCUGUAGACCACGUGCAGGCAGAGACAAGGUCCUCCUGAAAGAGGCUCAGCUGGUCUGCAUGUACAACUUUGUAAAAGAUGAUCCAUCUUUUAGCUUUACUGAUGUCCCCUCUGAUUUGCUUCUGUACUACAGAAUAUGGUCAUAUCUUCUCUCUAAUGCGUGUCUUUGUUGUAGCUAUGAGAAUAUACAGAAGGAGACCUGCCAGUCAUAUUUCACUGCCCUGGGCCGUGCAGAUUUUUCCAUUCUUUCCUCUGUCCUUGACAAACAGACCAUCCUGUUCAACGCUGCAAAGGACUGCCUGGAUAUAUCUGGUGUGAGUCUGACCAGGGAUCAGGUGGCGAUGCUGGGGAAUAUGGCUUGCACACUGGACGCCUCCUACAUCCAGAACUCUGACCCUCUCAUUUUGGAGAACCUAAAGAACUGUGGAGAUCUAUCUGACUCCCAGAUAACUGCUGUACUGUCACUGCUCCUCAGUGGAAACACUGCUUAUGGCAAUCCGUCAACGUGGAACGAGCAGACAGUGCAUCAACUUGGCAUCCUGGCUGUCUACUUCACAUCAGACCUCUGCGACAAACUUAGCUUUAAUGUAAAGAGGGAGAUCCUGUCAGUCCUGAGAGAGCAGAAGAUCCCGAUCAAGAUCCUAAGGACAUUCUUUACGAAAUGCAACUCAGAAGAUGCAACAGUGAGCGACAUCUCAGCGGUGACGAUUUCAGAUCCGUCGUUCCCUUUCGGCUUUAAUUCCACCCAGUUUGAUCUGUAUCUGGACAUCUCCGUCCUGCAGUACAACCUGGCAGCCAUCACUGAGAAAGUGGUGGACAUCAGCCUCCAGACUGUCAUUCUGAAAAAGUUAAACCAGAUUUACCCAUCAGGCCUUGAUGAUGGUGUGCUGCAGCUUCUGGGCUCCACUUCUCGUGUGGCCACUACAGAUGACAUCAGCAAGUGGAACAUUAACAUGAUUGACACACUCUACUCUUUAAUGGACCCGAACAAUGGACCCUGGGACCCACACAUGAGUCAAGCACUGAUUAUGAGGUAUUUGAGCACGGAGGAUCACUAUCUGGAAAGUGCGGAAAUUAACGCAAUCGGUUCCAACAUCUGUACUUUAAACGUCAGUGUACUGCAAACCAUCACUGCUGAGAGCCUAAAGACGGUCCUGUCUCCAGAUCUGUCGUCAUGUUCUAUUGAACAAAAAUCUGUUCUGUACAUCAUCGCCAACUCUUCAUUCAGCAAUGAACACAGCAAUACCCUGACAUUCUACCAACUCAUAAGACCUUACUUGGGUGGAGCUCCUCUGGAGGAUAUACAAGCUCUUUCUACCCAGAAUAUCAUCAUGGACAUCAACACAUUCAUCAGUCUAAACCCUGCUGUUCUCAAGAUGCUGAAUGUGAGCACAGUAAGGGGUCUAAUGGGGGUAAACAUUGCGGAACUGCAGCUGUUUGAGAACUCAUCAGUGGUUCAGUCCUGGGUGUCACAACAGAACCAGUCUGAUCUGAAUACACUGAAUCUUGGCAUCAUCAACCACAACCCUUGUUUUGGUGUAGACAGUCAACAACUUCAUGGCGAGAUUGCAUCCGGAAAUGUUUCUGCAGUGCUGUGCAAUUUCAGCAUUCCUGACUAUGCCUGCUCAUCAGCUGUUGUUCUAACCUCUGAUGAUCUGGCCACACUGCUCACAUGUGAACUAUCAAGCAGCGUGAUCUACUCCAAAGAAGCUUGGAGACGUUUCUUCCAGAAUUUUGCUGGACCUUUGGAUGAAGCAUUGGACAGGUUUUCCAUCAUGAACAUCAGCAGCAUUCAGUCUGACCCAAAUAUACUUGAUGCCAUCGGGGAGGUGAUAAUCAGUAACUUCAACACAGAACAGCUGAUGAAUGUCACAUUUAUCAGCAAGUGGUUCCAGGUCAGGCUAAGACCAUUUUUGUCAUCAGUGUCCACACACUUUCUCUCCAGCCUCAGUUCCAAGAACUUCAACUGCAAGAGCUACCAAGUUGUGUAA